AUGCAAGCGGUCGCGCAGGACAAGCCAGACAAGCUCGAGCCUUUUGCCGUCGAGUGGCUGGAGCGGCGGUUUGGCAAGUCGGCCGAGCGCAGCUUGAGCCCCUGGACCUCGCGCACGGACCUCUAUCCUUCCGAGGCGGCCUUUGCAACUUACUUUCUCGAGAUUCGGCUGCCGACGCUCCUCGAGAAGGCUAUCGAGCUGGCUCCAGAGACGCUAGGCGAGUCUCUCUUGGAAUUCUUCCUCUCAGAGGGGCGCGACGCGGACGCGCGGCGCGAGAGGCUGCGGCCGUCGAAAGCGCACCCCCAGGUUGAGAGCGCGGGUGCGCCGCCGCUGGUCGCGGCCGAGUGCGUGGUGACGAUCGAGCAGCCGACCGAGGGCGAGGACGUAUCAGGCGGCAUCAAAGUGAGCAUUGUGACGCCUGGCCAGCAGUAA